UCCAAACUUCUUUCUUUCAGAUUUGUGUCUCGUUUGGAUAAGCAAUCCCCAUCUUCUAUAAACACAGCCAGCGUACAAAUUCCUGCAGAACUAUUUUCUUCUUUUGGAGACCAAUUAAUUGAUAUAAUGUGUCGCGAUUGUGUUAUUGGUCAUGACAUAUGCAAAAUGCUAACAAUGUCGUGUUUUAAUUCAGCAUUGGAGUUUAAUACUAUUCCUAGUGUCAUGCAAUUGUUUGCAAACCGGGGUUAUUUAGCAAAAGUAAUCGAAAACCUGGAGCAAUCAGAUCAAGAUUUAUGUCUUGUACUGAGUGAUUCUGUUAAGAAUAUAAGAGCACUUUAUGUCUAUGAAUCGCAUAUAGCACUUCUACUUCGAUUUGCCGAUUCUUACAUCGGUGCAGAAAUGCUGCUUUCUGCUAAUCUAUUAACUAUUCUGUCACAAAUGAAAGUUUAUGAUAUGCAUCCAGAUUUUCAAGGAUGUUCUCGCACCCAAAAUGUCACAAAUGAAUUUUUACCUGCAGUGAAUAAUCGCUUUCGUCAAAUAUUAUUUCCAGCUUUACAAUUAUGUAAUACGGUUAUAAAAACUCUUGGUUCAGAUAACCAAUCGGCGAUGUCUCAAAUAGAAAAUUUUUUGUUUUCUCAUUUUGAAAUCAUUGAGUUUAUAUUAAGAAGCGGAGCAACCCAAAGAGAUAUAGGUAUUAUGCAGGAACUUUCUGUGGUGACCGGAAUCAUUGCUCGUAUAAUGAGAAAGGAGAUGCGUUUACCUGCCGAUUUAAAAUCACAUCAAACUAAAAUCCACUUUCAUAAAAUUAAUAGAUAUAUGCUCCAUAUAUUCUGUUACUUUGUGCUAAAAAAUGAAGUUUUAAAAAAAAACACAAAGCCUAAUGCUCAAAGCAAUGAUGUUUCUGAGGCUAGUGGCAGUUAUAUCAAACACUUCGUUAGCAUCACCGCAAAUGUUACACUUUUCUUUCGGUAUAAAUUUACAAAUACAAUGAGUUUAAGUAAUAUUCUUUUCUACCCUAAAAAGAAUACAUCACUCAAAAGAAUGGAUAAUUUAGAUAGAGCUUUAACGGAAUCACUUGACUUUGUCACCGUCUUGAACCAUUUGCAAGGCUCAGUAGAAUAUCUAGAAAUGCAAAAGCGAACUACUGACAGCAUAGCCUCACAUAAAUCAUUUAUCUCGGACACUAGCAUCGAUACUUCUGAUCGGUCUGCAUAUAUAGAAAGGAUCCAACAUCGCGAAAAUGCACAAAAAGAGCUUUCGCUAAAUGUAUUCAUCAUAGAGCAGACCUUGUACAUGUUGUGGUUGCAUCUGGACUUUUACGUGAAAAACACUUCAAGCUUAACAGGAAUUUGUCUGGUAUCUUCUUUCGAAGAUGUAUUUCAAUCUGAAGGACGACCCACCUAUGAAAAAAUCCUCCGCAAAUGUGUCGAGCUGAGCCACAACAGGUGGCGACAGAAGAAAUUGUUGGGAAAUCGUUCAGUCACCAGCCA